AUGGGAACAUACCGUAAGCGUUUCAAUGAGAAGGCUAGAGCAGGCCAAAUGGCCAAGCUGAAAGAGCUCAAAAAGGUGAGGAACAAACAGUUUUUAAGACAUUUGGACGACGGUACUGAGGUGGAAGAAUCAGUAGAAAGUAGCGAGAAUCCCAACAGUAAUGCGGAAAUCUUGCAGCCGCUCACAGAUGCCGAAAAGGAGGCGAAAAAGAGAAAACUUGAAGAACUCUUCAAGCCACAGGAAUCAAAAGUGUCAAGACUCAAAAGGAAGCGACUGGAUAAGUUUGUGGAGCACCAGCUGAAAAGGGAGGAGAAAAAGGCCAUUAUAGAGAAGCUACAGGAGCACAAGAUCGACACAUCGAUGCUAACGAGCUCCAAAAACCUGGGACAUGGCCGUCAGACUAAGAAAGAGCAGUUUCAGGAGGCAUUGCAACUGGAAAAGAUGGGUCGUUCCGACGAAAAUGUUAGGAAUAUUCUGUACAAGGAGCACGAGGUCAAGGAAUGGGAUGGAAGCGACAGUUCUGGCGAGGACGAAGAUGUGUCCGAUCACAAUGCUAUUAGCGACAAUUCUGAUGGCCAAGAAGGCGAAACAGAAGAGCCUACGACCAUCCAAUCGUCCUCGUCUUUUGUCGACAACAGACCAGCCAAAUUCGGAGGGUCCGGGUUCGGUUUCGGGUUCCAAAACGCCAAAGUCGUGCACAAGACGAAAGCGCCAUCUAAACAGCGAUACAAUUGGCGCGAAAGAGUCCAGAUGCAGGAGGCACGCAAGCACAACAAGGACGACGAAAUGGAUUUUGAGUCCAGCGACUCUGAAAGUGAAAGUGGAAGCGAAAGUGGAAGCGAAAGUGGAAGUGUAGCCGAAAGAUCUACAGGUGACGAACUUGAAGCCUCUGAUAACGAUGGCGAGCAGUCAGAAGAAAGGUUCGAGUCUGCCAGCGAAGGCUCAGACUCAGAAUCAUCUGUUGAACCCACAGGGAGCAAAGCAGACGACUUCAAAGAGUGGGCAGAGGGCCAGAUAAAAAAACUAGAGGGCCGAGAAACACCAUUGGAGACUCCACAAUUGGCUCAUCCAUACCAUAAGAUCAUCAGAACCGAGGAUUUGGAAGACGGCCUUAUAGAUGACAGCGCACCAAUAGAUCAAGAGUCUACUAGGAAGGCAUUUUACGUCAACGUAACAAGGUCAGAUGAGAUUCAAAAAGCUCGAAUGCAGCUACCAGUUUUUGGUGAAGAGCACAAACUUAUGGAGGCCAUUCACCACAACGACGUUGUAGUCAUUUGUGGUGAAACGGGUUCUGGUAAAACGACUCAGGUUCCACAAUUUCUUUUCGAAUCCGGCUAUGGCGAUUCUCAUUCUACUGAUACACCAGGGAUGAUUGGUGUUACACAGCCGCGCAGAGUCGCAGCCGUUUCUAUGGCCAAGCGUGUCUCUUCUGAGCUUGGUAAUCAUAAGGAUAGUGUGUCAUACCAAAUAAGAUUUGACUCCACGGUGUCAGAUAACACCAAGGUCAAGUUUAUGACGGACGGUGUAUUAAUGAGAGAGAUGAUGAAUGAUUUCAUGCUCGCCAAGUACUCUGCAAUCGUCAUUGAUGAAGCACAUGAAAGAAAUAUCAAUACAGACAUAUUGAUUGGGCUAUUGAGCAGAUGUGUAAAAUUGCGCGCCAAGAACCACGCUAGCGACGCCAAGAAGUUCAAGAAAUUGAAGCUGAUUAUCAUGUCAGCGACACUCAGAGUCUCUGACUUCAGCGAAAAUCAUUCUUUGUUUCAAAUACCGCCUCCUGUGCUCAAAGUUGAUGCCCGUCAGUAUCCUGUGUCAGUACACUUCAAUAAGCGUACUGCAUUCGAUUAUGCGGAGGAGGCUUUUCGAAAGACAUGCAAAAUUCACCAAAGGCUUCCGAGGGGUGCUAUUCUGAUCUUCAUGACGGGACAACAGGAAAUCACAAACAUGGUGAAAAGACUUCGCGCUGAAUUCCCUUUUCCUAAGGCUUCCAAAAACUAUAAAGAAAUGGUGAAAAGCAACCCAACGAUCAAAGUCAACGCGAAGAAUGUUGACAUCGAGGCUGAGGAUGUUGACUUCAGUGUAAAUGUGGCUGAUGAUAGAACUGACGAAGAAAACGAUGAUUUUGAAAACGACGACUCGGAAGAAGAAGGAUUUGAUGAGAAUUUGGAAGAAGGUCAAACGGCUUCGGAUCCCCUGUAUGUGCUUCCACUCUACUCACUGUUACCCACUGAAGAGCAGCUCAAAGUAUUCAACGAACCACCAGAGGGAUCCAGGCUAUGUAUCGUCGCUACCAAUGUAGCUGAAACUUCUUUGACCAUCCCCAAUGUUCGUUACGUUGUUGAUUGCGGAAGAGCAAAGGAACGGAUUUACAAUGAGACAAACGGGGUCCAGAGUUUUGAAGUGGGGUGGGUAAGCAAAGCUUCUGCAGACCAAAGAAGCGGAAGAGCUGGGCGUACUGGUCCCGGUCACUGUUAUAGACUCUACUCAUCUGCGGUUUAUGAAAAUGACUUUGAGCAGUUUUCAAAGCCUGAGAUUCUUCGCAUGCCUGUGGAAAGUGUCGUUUUGCAAAUGAAAAGCAUGGCAAUUCACAACAUCCUGAAUUUCCCAUUUCCAACGCCGCCCAGCUACAGUUCGUUGCAGAAAGCUAUAGCAAUGCUCCAGCAUUUGGGUGCACUAGACAUCAAGGAGGCCAUUACCGACGAUGGCAGGAAAAUGAACAUGUUUCCUCUAAGUCCGAGAUAUUCAAAGAUGCUGUUGGUGGGCAACGAAAACGGAUGCUUGCCUUAUAUCAUUUCGAUUGUGAGCGCGCUCUCUGUAGGAGAGCCAUUUUUGACCGAACAUGAAUUGGGAAUCAGUGCUACUGACGACGAGUCGGAGAGUUCGACACCUCAAAAUGAUGCUUUGAUCGACCAAAAGAAACAAUUGCGAGCUCAGUACUUCAAAAGUCAAUCGAAAUUUUGCAAGCUUGACAAGUACAGUGAUGCAAUUAAGCUACUGUCGGCCGUCAGUUCUUUGGAUUAUGUUGGGCCAGAUAAAAGAAUCACCUUCAUGAAAUCAAACUUCAUGAGGCCCAAAAUUGUAGAAGAAACCAGGAAACUGAGAAAACAGAUCUUUUACAUUGUGAAGUCCAACACGUCCAGAGAAAAUGUCGGAGCCAGUGUUUCUGAAGACGAUCUCAAAUCCAGUGUUCCAAGCGCGAAUCAAGUGAAAUUACUGAAACAAAUGGUGUGCGCUGGAUUUGUGGAUCAAGUAGCUAUCCGGGCUGAUCUUUUUGCUCCCGACGACUGCCAGAUCACAAACAGGACCGCUGUUUCGACAGUACCGUACGUGCCGGUCCUAGCUCCAAUAGUGCCUGGUGACAUUUCUCAGAACUUCGUUUAUCUGCACAAUACCUCGAUCCUCAACGAUAUCGGCGAGCAGCCUCCCAAAUACCUCGUGUAUCAUUCUUUGCAUUUGAACCAACGGACUGAAAAAUCUAAGACACGCAUCAAGCCUCUGUGUGACAUCAAAAGCACACCUUUGGUCAACAUCGCUCGUAAGGGCUCUUUGGUAACCUACAGCAAGCCUCUUGCCGGCAAUGGAAUUCGUCCUAUAGAUAUUUCAAGCACCGAAAGAUUGUGCUACGUUACUCCACGAUUUGGAAGCACGAUUGACAGCGACUUGAAAGUUGGUUGGGAUCUCAAUCCCGUUGCUGUGCGUCAGAAAAAAAUAGCCGGCCAAUGGGUUGUUGAGAAGCUCGUCACAGCCAAGAAUUACAAAGAAUCCAGCGACCAAAAAGCCGGCAAGAAAUGA